AUGAAGGCUAUCGUUGUUGACGAAUAUGGGCCAAUCGAGAAUCUAAAAGCUCGAAGCGUUCCUGAUCCCGGGGAACCCAAGGGCCGUGAUUUGUUAGUAAGGAUCGAGGCAUGUUCUGUCAAUCCCAUUGAUAUGAAGGUGCGCGCUGGUAAAUAUGAUGAUUACCCCGACUACUAUUCGCAUGUUCCCCGCCCAUAUCAAAUUUGUGGAUUUGAUGGCGCGGGAAUUGUGGAAAAAAAGGGUCCCGACUGCUCACUCUUCAGUGAGGGUGACGAGGUUUUCUUUUCCGGUAGUCCAGUCAGACACGGAUCCAAUGCAGAACUUCAGUUGGUGGACGAGCGCGCUGUGGGCCAUAAACCAAAAGGUUUGGACAUGACCGAAGCCGCAGCGCUGCCUCUUACGUAUAUCACGGCAUAUCAAGCACUCGUCGCACAAAUGGAAAUUCAGAAGCGGGAGAAUGCAGCAGUGCUCAUCAUCAACGGAGCAGGAGGCGUUGGGGCCAUGGCUAGUCAAAUAGCACGCCACUACCUUGAGAUACCAGUUGUGAUUACGACCGCUUCCCGCCCGGAGAGUGUUGACUACACGAAGAAAAUGGGCGCAACGCAUGUCAUCAAUCAUAGGGAAGAUGUGGUGAAGCAAAUCCAGAACCUCAAUCUUGAUGUUCCUGUGAAGUAUAUUUUCAUCACGCAUUCUACCGACCAAUAUAUGGACACAUGUGCCAAAGUUUGUGCCCCAUUCGGCAAGGUAUGCUCGAUUGUACAAGGUCAGGCCAAAAUGUACGGCACAGAGUUCAUGGCAAAAUCUUUGUCAUUCAUAUGGUGCUUGAUUGGUACCAAGCCUGUAUAUGGAACGGAUGUGGAGUCUCACCACCGGAUUCUGGAAGAACUGGGCCAGUUGUUGAACUCUGGAAAAAUUCGUUGUCACCUAACACGUCGACUUGGGCUGACCCUAGAUGGUGUUCGAGAAGCUCACCGUUCUGUCGAGAGUGGGGGAAAUAUUGGAAAGACUGGUUUGUCAAUCGGUGAUAUUCGAGGCGCUGAAUCUUUCAAGUAA